AAACUUGAGAAAAAAGAAAGACCCAAAAAAAAAAAAAAACCCAUUCAUUUCCAUAUCAGAGUUUCAGUUGUCAGCCUCCCCACUCCACCCACCUGUUAUGCCGUUGUGCUAACUUUGGGUUCACCGUCAUUCUCUUGUUUCGGUCAGCUAAUAAUACAUAUAUAGAAACAACAUUUCCUUCCCCUACCUGCGUCUACUGACUCAUUCAAUUCAGAUUCUAGAGCAACUCAACCAAUCCACUUGCUUUGCUUGCGUUAGUGUAGUGAAGCAUAUCUAUAUCUAUAUAUCUAUAUAUAUAUAUAUUUAUCAUAAAACAAGAGAACAUAAGUUUUGCUUGGGUUGAUUUCUUAAGAAAUUGUUAUGGUAAUUGUAUAAACAAAAGAAGAAGCCAUAUGAUGGCCACAGCUGCUGUUAUUGGGCUUAGUACGGGGAAGAGGCUGUUGAAUUCUUCCUUCUAUUAUUCUGAUAUCACAGAAAAGCUCUUUCAUCUCAAUGAUCAUCAUGGGUUUUUACAUUGCCAUUUCUCUUCAACAAAGAAUGUUGUCACUGCCAGAAAGCCUUCCAACUGCAGUUCCAGAUUUCCAUCUUCGAAUCGACCUCAACAGUCCAUUAGGGCUCUGAAAGAACAUGUACAUACUGCCUCUGCUCCUUCAUCAGCCACGCAGCAAUGGUUUCAGGAGCUCAACGACUUGGAGGAGGAAAGCUCUGAUCUUGAAUAUUCAGUGGAAGCACUUCUUUUGCUACAGAAGUCUAUGCUGGAAAAACAAUGGAAUCUUUCUUUUGAGAAAAAAGUAUUAAGGGAUUCAACAUCAAAAACAACUGACAAGAAGAUACCAGUCACUUGUUCUGGGGUAUCUGCUCGUCAAAGGAGGAUGACUAGUACCAAGAGGAAAACUUUGAACAAAAGCACUUGCGUAAUGCACCCUAGCACCAAUAAGCCUUUGAGAGCCAUUGUCAGUCCGGAGCUGCUUCAGAAUCGUGUAAAGGGUUAUGUGAAGGGUGUUCUAAGUGAGGAUUUGCUGACUCACACUGAGGUUGUACGCCUGUCAAAGAAAAUUAAAGUUGGUCUUUCCGUAGAGGAGCAUAAAUCAAGACUGAAAGAGAGAUUGGGAUGUGAGCCCUCUGAUGAACAACUUGCAACUUCCUUGAGGAUUUCCCGUGCUCAAUUACAGUCGAAGUUGAUUGAAUGUAAAUUGGCAAGAGAGAAGCUGGCAAUGAGCAAUGUUCGUUUGGUCAUGUCCAUUGCUCAGAGAUAUGAUAAUAUGGGCGCUGAAAUGGCUGACCUUAUUCAGGGUGGGUUAAUCGGACUACUGCGUGGGAUUGAGAAAUUUGAUUCUUCGAAGGGGUUCAAAAUUUCUACAUAUGUUUACUGGUGGAUACGUCAGGGUGUUUCAAGAGCACUGGUUGAAAAUUCCAGAACCUUAAGACUGCCUACACAUUUGCAUGAGAGGUUAGGUUUAAUCAGAAAUGCAAAAAUUAGAUUGGAGGAGAAAGGAAUAACUCCAUCAAUUGAUAGGAUCGCAGAAAGCCUGAACAUGUCCAAAAAGAAAGUUAGGAAUGCUACAGAGGCAAUCAGUAAGGUUUUCUCACUUGAUAGGGACGCAUUCCCCUCUUUAAAUGGCCUUCCAGGAGAAACUCAUCAUAGUUACAUUGCAGAUAAUCGCCUUGAGAACAUCCCAUGGCAUGGGGUGGAUGCGUGGGCAUUGAAGGAAGAAGUAAGCAAGCUCAUAAAUAUGAUGCUUGGGGAACGGGAGAGAGAGAUCAUACAGCUUUAUUAUGGUCUGGAAAAUGAAUGUCUUACUUGGGAAGACAUUAGUAAACGUAUAGGAUUGUCCAGAGAAAGAGUUAGGCAAGUUGGACUUGUUGCUCUAGAGAAACUGAAACAUGCUGCGAGGAAAAGAGAGAUGGAGGCCAUGCUACUGAAACAUUAAUUUGGUCUGUUGUAUUUGAGACACCACAAUGCAUGUACAUAUAUACACGAGAGGACGAGACAGUUGUACCUUGAAGUUGUUUUCAGGUUUGAGAUAGUAUAGAAGGAAGUAGAGGGUCCAUGACCUGACCCUAAACGUUCUGUAACAAGACCAGAAAUCAAUCACUAAGAGCUCAUAAGUUGGAGCCCAGAAUUUUUU